AAGAAGGCAUCGAUCAUGGAAGGCACCUCCUCCCUCACGCGCUCCCUCUCCCUCGCGCCCCGCCCCCGCCCCCGCCGCCCACGCGCCGCGAAAUCCCAUUGCAUGCCCACCCUCUCCCCCGCGCCCCGCGUCCUCCCGCUCCGUCGCGCCAGAUCCGACGCCGACCUUCUUCUCGGACCCAUCACCGCCGCCGCCGCGGCAUCCUCCGCGACCGUCCUCCUCCGCUCGCCCAGCUCACUGGCUCUCGAGGAGAGGGACGACACGCCGAUGGAGGGCUGCUUCGACGGCGCCGGCGGCAAGGGCAACAACAACAACAGCUCCGGCCGCGGCGGGAGCGGGGGCGGUGGCGGAGGCAGCGGGAGCCAGAGCGCCGGCAUGGGCGAGCACUACCGGAGGGUGCUGCGUCUGGAGCCGGACAACCCGCUGCUGCUGCGCAACUACGGCAACUACCUCCACGAGGUGGAGCGCGACCUGGCGGGCGCCGAGGAGUACUACGGCCGCGCCCUGCUCGCCUGCCCCGGCGACGCCGACCUGCUCAGCCUCUACGGCCGCGUACUCUGGGAGGCCGACCAGGACAAGGACCGCGCCGACGGGUACUUCCAGCGCGCCGUACAGGCCGCGCCCGACGACUGCUAUGUGCUGGGAUCGUACGCGAGCUUCCUGUGGGACGCCGACGAGGACGACGAGGAAGCCAGCACGGCGGUGACGACCAGUGGCUCCCCGGCGCUGGUGCCGGCGUGCUGACCCUGGCCGUCGUCCUGCGAUCGUCGAUGGCGCGCAGUCCUGUUGUACUAUACUGUACGUAUGAGGAGGGCCGUGAUGGCGGGUUAGCCAGCGACCUCCUCGCCCAUGCGGCUUGGCGGCCGGAUCGAUCCAGGAGUAAUGACCUGCACCGAGAAACAGAUCGGUGGUGCAUACGGCAUGCCAUUGCAGGCAACAAGUCGACGGACGUGAAUGGAUCAACGGAUCCGCGUCGCCUGAGGCAACUACUUACUACUCUACUGAAGUUCUUUCCUGCUAGUAUCAACAAUCUCCUACGACUACUUAAUUAACCUUUCUUUGCACUAAUGAUGCUAUAGAGCGAGCUUGUUAUCUGUUUAAUUACUGAGCUGCUCGAGCUGAUCGGCUGAUGCCUCCCCAAUGUGUAAUUCCAAUCACCAUACCGAGAUCGGGCCAAUCUUUGCUUUGUUGAUCUGUCUGGUUGUAUUCACCCAAGAGCAAUAAGAAUCAAUCUAUAUAUGUUUAAUUAUGAACCAGCUGAAUCACACUGGUCAUUUAGUUUUC